AUGCCGAAAACGGCUUAUGUCGGAUUAUUCACUUUGGUAUGUGUGGUGAUAGUGUGGACGUUGCCGACGCCGACAGAGGGAACUGUCCGGAAUUAUUACCUAGCCGCGCUUGAGGUGGAUUGGGAUUAUGCUCCGUACCGAAGGAAUAUGGCGGGACCAGAUACUGAAAAAACUCGAUUACUGAUCGACUCUGGCGCGGACCGGAUAGGAAGCCUUUACCGAAAGGUGAUCUACAGAGGAUUCACGGACGCGAGCUUCACCAAACAACUUCCGGUUGAAGACUGGCAGGGAUUUGUUGGGCCGCUCAUUAAAGCGGAGGUCGGGGAUACAGUGAAAGUUCAUUUCCGAAAUUUCGCUACUCUGCGGAACUUCAGCGUUCAUCCUCAUGGAUUUCUAUAUAAUAAGAAAAAUGAAGGCGCUUUAUACAUUGACGGAACUUCCGGGCACGCCAAGUUUGACGAUCUCGUUCCGCCAGGGGGCGCAAUCACGUAUGCUUGGGUGGCGGCGAACAUUCACGCGCCCACGAAAGACGACGAGAAUUGCGUGCCCUGGGGUUACCAUUCCCACACGAACGGACCGAGGGACAUAGCAACCGGAUUAGUGGGGAUUGCGCUUAUAUGUAGACCAGGUACGCUGGGCCUUGACGGCGCACGGAUGGACGUUGAUCGGGAACUAGUCGUGUAUUCGGACAUCACUGAUGAGACGAAUAGCUGGUACAUUAAUGAAAACAUCCGACGAUGUGGCCGACCCGCCGAAUGCAAACGGCUUCUGAACUCGAAGAACGAGAAAUUCCUGGAGAGGCACAGUAAAUACCACAUCAACGGAUACACAUACGGCAAUGGACCGGAUAUGCCGAUGUGCGCUGGGGAACGGGUCGCCGUCUACUUCAUGUCGCUCAACCUCGGGGUCCACACCAUACACGCCAAUGGCCUCAUGAUGACCAUCAACCGUAAACGAACCGACACGGCUGUCCUACACUCCGCGAGUUUCUACACCGGAUAUGCGACCCCGGUAUUUCCCGGACGCUGGCUUCUAUACUGUCGCAAUCUGUACCACUUUGUAGACGGAAUGCAGGCUUUUAUCAAUGUUGGAAAGUGUAACAGACCACAACACGUUAUCACAUCUAGUUUAGCAGUUCAAAAAUUAUCCAAAGCCCAGGUCGUCCGCACAUCUUACUUAGCUAUCGAGGAAAUUAUUUGGGAUUACGCACCAGGAUUGAAAUCAAAUUCUAGGGCAGCAGACAUAUAUUUGAGAAAAGGACCUCAACGAAUUGGGUCUCGGUACAAGAAAGCGGUAUUCCGGGAAUAUACGGACAGUACAUUCACUGUAAGGAAACUGCGAAGCAAAUAUCAAACGCAUUAUGGAUUAGCUGGGCCACCAGUUGUCGGCGAAGUCGGCGAUAUAAUUGAGGUAGUCGUCACCAAUCUGGCUACCAGACCGUAUUCGUUUUUGGCAGGUGGGGUUGCAAUGACGAAAGAUAAUGAAGGAGCGUUCUACAAGAAUACACGUAAAGAUCCUCGUCGAAGUGGAGCUAUUGUUCCUAUUGGUGCUGUUCGCGUUUACAAGUUCGAUGUUCUACAGAACAGUGCCCCCACUCAUGUAGACCCAGAUUGCUUGACCUACCCCUACCAUUCUGCCGUCGACGUACAAAAGGACAUAUAUUCGGGACUGUUUGGUCCCAUGGUUAUUUGCAAGCCAGGAACUUUGACCAAAUCAGGCACUCAGAAACUGUUCGAUCGGGAGUUCUUCCUUAACUGGAUGGUUAUUGAUGAAAACCUUUCUUGGUACAUCGACGAGAAUAUACAAACAUUCACUACUAUGCCAUGGACAGUCAACAAGAAAGACAGGUCGUUCGUGUCUUCAAAUCAAAUGAGAGCAAUCAAUGGCUACUCUUUCGGUACGUUACCCGGUCUUGAUGUUUGUCUUGGAGAUCGAGUUGCAUGGCACAUGUACGGACUUGGGGAGCGUUUCGACCAUCACCACUUCACAUUUGAUUCCAACAACUUCCAUUCGGAUGGACGACAAGUCGACGCAGCGUCCGUGUUUCCAGGUGUCGGGAUAACAGUCAAAAUGAUCCCUGAUCAAGCUGGUCGUCAUCUUUUGCGCACGGGUCAACUCGGAUAUGAGAGUGAAGGGAUGUUUGCAUUUUAUAAAUCUCAUGUCUGCUCACCUGCUUCUCCUAAGAUUGUUCCACAACCAAAACUCGUCCCAAAAGCCAAGGGAAUAACCAGACGAUACUUUAUUGCCGCUGUAGAAGUUGACUGGGACUAUGCUCCAGUGAAAAUACAUCCCCUAACAGGAGACAGUUUGCUGAAUCCAAACAGUUCCUCUUAUUUGUAUAUUCGUGGAGGACCAAACUUCGUCGGCACUAUCUAUAGAAAAGCCAUUUAUAGGAAAUUCACUGAUGUAACAUUCUCAAAAAUGGUACCCCAACGCGAAAGCCUCGGAAUCCUUGGGCCAUAUAUUCGCGGCAACGUUGGCGAUACAAUAGAAGUAUUCUUUAAGAACAUGGCUUCGUUUCCUUUCAAUGUUGUUCCCCGAAACCUUCCAUUUGCCGACGGGUCAGAGAUCAGCUCUGCAUUGCCAACCCUUCCCGGGCAAAUUAAACUUUACCGCUAUAUUGUUCCAGAGAGGUCAGGACCGAAAUUGAAUGAACCAAACUGUGUAGGGUCCAUGUAUACAUCUCGAGUUACUCCUCUUAACGACACAUACAGUGGGCUACUGGGUCCGGUCGUUAUAUGCAGGCCAGGAAUCCUUGACAUAAAUGAUCAAAGGUCGGAUAAAGUGACAACCGAGUUUGCAACUGCCUUUGUCAUUUUUAAUGAAAAUCUAAGUCACUACAGCACUUAUAACUUUGCAACAAGUGCUCCUGGCAGACUAAAUACAUCUGCUACAGACUUUGUAAACAGUAACUCGAAAAAUUCAAUAAACGGUUUAUUAUACGGAAACCUCCGAGGUUUGGAUUUUGCAAAAGGAGAAAGGACAGCAUGGUACAUAUUUGGUAUGGGGUCGACUUUUGGUAUCCAUACGGUACAUUUCCACGGACAGCUGUACAUCCGCCGGACGUCACAAACAUUACGAGGAGAUGUUCUCGAGGUUUUUGCUGGCACAUACGAAACUGUGGAGAUGGCAGGAUAUAAUCCGGGAACGUGGCUUUUCCAUUGUCACGUGAGUCUACACUCGGCUGCUGGCAUGGAAACCGUUUAUACAGUCCACCCUAGAAAGCUCAAACUUUAUGGAAAGAAACAUUCACUGAAGCCCCGCUAUUACCACCGUGUCUUACAACAGCUUAUAUAUUAA